ACACAGAGGUAUUACAGACAGAAUCCAACCAAACCCACCAAGCCAAGCUAUCGAUUCUCUUUCAUCUUCCUUUUUCUCUCUCUCUCUCUCUGAUUAACCUGACACAAAAUCCCAGAUCACGUUUGGAACUGUUCGAUUACUUGUUUUUUUCUCCAAAAGAUUCCUUCUUUCACCAACAUGGUGAGUCUUUUUUCACGAUUUUCUGUCAUCAGAAACGGCCAUCGUCGCUCCCAAAGUGCACUUGAGGAAAUGGAAGUUGCAGCCCCAGAUACAGUGGCUACAGAAACCGCAAGUGUCACAGGAUUCAUGUCUACUUCUCAUCACGGGAUCGAAGUAGCCGUUGAGUUUAAGCCGGUCGAGCAUCCCACCGAGCCGCUUGACAUCGAUCAACCCAUUCCGUGCCCAUUGCCUGAACCUUCAAUUCUGAAUGAUGGACGGAUAUGGAAAGAGCGUGUAUCUGCAGGCGUGCAAAGGAGGGCCGACUUGCCCGUAAUGCAAGAAGAAACCGGGGGCCCACCGGAACCCGAGACGCCUCGAACAAAAUCACGACCUCGAACAAAUCGCAUGAUACUUCCAUCAAUCAGUGCACCAGAACAUAACAUUCUUAAACUUCUCGAAGAAUGUCAUGCCUCGGGGAUGUAAGUUAUUGUCGUCGCUUGUUCAAAUUCGGGAAUCGUUUGCUGUAUUUUCAUAGAUUUCCAUUCUCGUCCUACAUUUUUUCGACAUCACGUAUCAUCCCGAAAACACGAAUCCAACAUUGUAUGUACAUCUCUCUGAUCAGUAUAUAUUGGUCUAUUAUAUCAUGUCGUCCAAAUGUGACC